AUGAACUCAGGCUCCAUGUCUCUUCUGGGCUAUCCAGGGCUUUGCAGUGCUACCUCCCACAGAAAUCACUGCUACAUCCCUUUGGCUCCUUCCAUUGCUUUUUGCAACGAUGAUAUAGGUUCUUCCUUUGGACCCUGCUUGCCCAGUAGCUACCAAGGCAAUCUUUGGCUGCUGGACCACUGUCAAGAAUCCUACUGUGAAGCACCAAGCUGUGAAUCUCCCAGCCAUGAGCCCAAGACCUGUACGCCAAGUGGUGAUCUCCAGAACUCUUGUGUGCCCUGCAAUAACCCACCUGCAGGUCAAGUCACCAGUACUUGUGAAACUACCAACAUCAGAGCCAGGCCUGGCUGCAGCCCCUGCACUGGCACCAAAGGGUAUGUAUCCAACUGCUUCUCACCUCCUCGAUUUGCAUCCAAAGCCUGCCAGACACUUCAUAAUGGUUCCAACUGUGUUGGACAACUUAACUACUCAUACAAGAAUCUCCAGCCCCUAAAUUACUGUGGACUGGGUAAUUUUGGAUAUAGAAGCUAUCAAAAUCUUGGCUCCAUUACCAGAAGCAUCUCACCCUCAUUUUACAUUACCAGGGGCUAUCAACCACAAAGUUAUCUAAUAAGAAGUUGUCAGUAUCCAAAUUAUAGAUACUCAAGCUGCCAACCAUUGAGCUAUUUAUGUAGAAACUUUGGGUCCCUGAGCUGUAUACCCAGCACCUUCCCACCUCUUAGAUACUUAUGCAGUAGUAACAGACCUUGGAAUUGCUAUUGA